AUGUUAAGCAACGAUUAUGACUACACUAUUGAUAAAUAUUUAGUACCAAAAGUUAGGUUGAGAUGUCCAACUCAUAACAAAGAGUAAGCAUAAUUCAUAUGCACAGACAGCUCUUGCAAGAGGCAAUCAAUCAUAUGCAAAAGCUGCUAGUACGAAAAUGAUUCUCAUUUCAGAGAUCAUAAAGCUUAAUUCAAAAAUAUAGAUAAUUAUUUAGUGGAUGCAGUUAAUGAAAUGGAAAACUUUACACCAGUGAACAGAUAGAUUUUGUAGGAAAUUUAUAGCUAAACUCCAAAUCUUUAAAAGUGGUAAGAUGAUGAUGAAAUGCAUCUAAGGAAUGUUGAAAAGCAUAUACAUGCAUAGAAAUCCUUAAUAGACGAAGAAAUGGGAGCACUCAGCUCAAUGUUGCUUUCAAAUUUAGACUAAAUUAGGGAAAAGUUGUAUAGCAGAUUAGACGGUUUCUAUAAAAAUUAUUGUGACACAUUUAACAAAUAGAAAACAUCAUUAAAUGAAAAUUUUGGAUUAGCAAAAACCUUUUAUCUCUUCAUCAAUCCUUCGAAUCUUGCUGCAAAACUUCAAAGUGAAAUGCCACUCUAAGCAUCUUAAUUUGUUUCACAACUUAAUAAAGCUAUUGAAAAGGCAAAAACUGUCUCAUAAAAUAAGUAGACUUUUGUAACAAACUUCAGAGCAAUCAAUUCGUAGCUUAAUAAAAUGACUGAUAAUCUUCCUUACUAUCUUCCAAGUGAUUAGAUGGCUUAGCAGGUUUAAAUUAUUAUUAAAAAUGUAGAGUAAUUUUUCAAUAAAAACAUUCUCUACCCUGAAGAUGCGCCUCCUGCUGAGCUAGGAGGAAACUUUGCUGCAGGAACUCAAUAGCAGUUAUAGCCACAAUCCUCCUCUUCAUCUUCCUCAUCUUCUAAUGGCUAAAUUAUAAAUCAAAACAACAACAAUGCAAAUAAUAUAAGCAAUCUUAAUGUAAAUAAUUAUCUAAAUUUAGCUUCUGCAGCUCCCCCAACAAUUCCUGCUAUGCAAAACAACUUCUUAUCAAGUAAUAUUCAAAGUAAUAACAAUAAUGGCUUAAAUCUCAACAGAUAGGGAUCUAAUAAUUAAAACAACAAUAUCAUUAAUGUAUCUAAUAAUAGUGGAGGUAAAAAGUAGUUCAAAAUAUCCAAGAAUGGCAAGUAGAUGCAGCUCAAAAAUACAGAAUAGAAUAUUAAUAUCAAACCUGUUAAGAAGUAUUAGCUUGAAAUUCCUAUUUGCUCUGUGUGUUCGCUUUCAGAGACUCACUACGCAUUAGCUUCUGCUGGUGAUUCAAAAAUUAAAAUAUUUGAAUCUUCAUUGAAGAAAAUGCACACUUUCCCUGCUCACUCUGCUCCUAUUACUUGCGUGACUAAAAUUAAAGCCAUUUUCGAUGCUUAUUCAGAUUAGAUAAUAUCUUAGCCUAAGCAUGACUUAGUAAACUAACAAAGUAAUGUCAAUAAUGGAGAAAAUAGUAAAAAAAUUCUUAUAGCAACAUGCUCUUAAGAUAUGAGUGUCUUGAUUUAGAAAUAUGAUCUUGAAAAAUCAUCCUAGCCAACAAUUUAUAAUAAAAUAACUUCAUUCACAUCUACUCCUUAAUUCAUAGUAGAUAUUCAAGAUGGCAUUCAUAUAGCAGUGGGAGAUAGCUUUGGAGAUAUUUAAGUUUUUAAUUUCCAUGAUGGAAAAAUUAUCCAUCAAGUUAAAGGAAAGCACAAUGGUAAAAUUAUUGGAAUUUACUUGAUUAAAUCACAAAAGAAGCUGAUAGUUGCAAGCGAUGACACUAUUUCUAUUUGGAAAUAUUCUUACUUACCUGCUACUUAGUCUCCUGUAGCUUAGAUGGACAGACUCUACUAGGACAAUUUGAUCAGUGACAGCUAGUUAGGCAGAAUAUCUUGCUUUAUCCCUUCGUAUAGAGAUAAUAUUUGCUUCUUAGGAAAUAAUGAUGGAGAAGUUAUCAUUUACGACCUUGUUAGUAGAAGAAUACUCAGCAGAUGGAAUGCUCAUGGUCAUGUGCCUGUUCUAGAUUUCUGUCUAUUUGAAUUUGAUGGAAAAAGAGAUAUAGGCACUUUGCUAUCUAUAGGUUUAAGUGAUAAAUAAAUAAAGAUUUGGAAGAUCACAGCAGAUGACAGAAAUAAUUUCGUUACAGAAGAUCCUGUAAUUUUGGAUGGUAAUUCUAUCAAUGAUGAUAUCUAAUCUAAAAAUAAAUUAUAAAUCGUGCAAGCAAGCUGCCCCAAAUUAGUGAUAGCGAACGAAAGAGACAAAGAGUUACUCCUUUACAAUCUUAUUCUUUGA